AUGGCAGAACAUUAUCUGGUGUCUAUUGACAUCAAGAAUCUUCCUUCUUCUGAAGACAAUGGCCUUGCUUUGAAUACAAUCUCUUACCUGCACCGAGUUCAUAUUACCGCUACGCCGGAAACGCAGCAAGAUGCAAUCACUUUCCUUCACAAGAAUUUCAAUCUUUACACCAUCUAUUGCGAUUGUACAGCCUUAGAGUCUUUAGAAGACAUUCUAUCCUUACUGAACAAUGGCGGCGCUAAGGUUUUCGUAACGUCCUUGCAGAUGAAAGCAAUAGUCGAAGAUCGUCUCCUUGUAGGCCAGGAUCUCGGUCGUCUUGUCAUUUCUUUUGACCGUUCGGAAUCUGAUGGUGAACCGGAAGAAACCGCCAAGAACAUCCUUAGCAAAGUCGAGGCUUCUAUUCCAGACACACCCAUUGGCAUCCAGAUCCAAGGAGUCCAUGAUUGGAAGCUGCUAGAUACGAUGAACCGGAUGUCCAAGACCGGGUAUUACCCUGGUCGAUACGUGACUUUGACCCACAACAUCCAAAGUGAUUAUAUCAGGGCAGUUAAGGAUGGUCAUGUGGCUAUCAUUCCUGCGAGUGGGCUUACAACAGAUCCCAAGAAGUACCCAGAUCUUGUGCCAGCUCACGUUUUGAUCACAUCCGCAAUCCGUAGCGAUCGACCAGACGGAUUGUUUCCCACGGUUGUUACUGACGAGAAUGGGAUUUGUCUGGGACUGGUAUAUAGCAAUGAGAAAAGUAUAGAAGUAGCGUUGCGAACAGGACGUGGUGUAUACCACAGCCGCCGUCAUGGCAUAUGGAUCAAGGGUGAAGAGAGCGGAGAUACCCAGGAGCUGAUCAAUAUCUUCAUGGACUGUGAUGCAGAUGCUCUGCAGUUCAACGUAAGACAACGUGGAGAAGGCUUCUGCCACUUGAAGACCUCAACCUGUUUCGGCCCUUAUUCUGGUGCCUCACGUCUCGAACAAACGCUAAAAAAUCGCAAAGAAUCAGCACCUGCGGGCUCUUAUACUUCUAGACUAUUCAGUGAACCUAAGCUUCUCGAAGCUAAGAUCAUGGAAGAAGCAAGCGAGCUAUGUGAGGCAACCGACAAGAAGGAUAUUGCAGCUGAAGCUGGAGAUCUACUCUAUUUUGCUCUGACCAAGUGCGUUGCUGCAGGCGUCAGUAUGGAAGACAUUGAACAUAACCUCGAUCUGAAGAGUACAAAGAUUACUAGAAGAAAAGGGGAUGCUAAGCCUCAAUGGGCCAAAAAGGUUGGCCAUCUAGAUACAAGCAACGGCUCUGCAGGGGCCUUGCAUGGAAAUUCGGAACAGGAGAUUCUCAAAGAGGCAGCGUCCGUCCCGAAAGAAAAGGAUGAUGCUGCAGGCCUCCAAAACAGAAGGAUACGGAUGAAACAAUAUAAGACUAGAGACACUGACGCCAGAAUCAUUAAGGACGCACUCCAGCGUCCAUCCCAAAGAUCUACUGAUGAUAUUAUGGAUAUUGUCAAGCCUAUCAUCAAGGAGGUUCGUGAGGGCGGAGAUACCGCCGUCUUGAGGUACACGCACAAAUUCGAAAAAGCUACUUCUCUGACUUCACCGAUUCUUCGUGCGCCGUUUCCGCAAAAUCUGAUGCAACUGCCCCAAGAGACCAUCGACGCUAUCAAUGUCAGCUACGAGAACAUUCGCCGUUUCCAUGUGGCACAAAUGGAGGAGAAGCCAUUGCGUGUGGAGACCAUGCCCGGCGUUGUCUGCUCGCGAUUCUCUCGUCCAAUAGAAAGGGUUGGCCUCUAUGUGCCCGGCGGAACAGCAAUUUUGCCCUCGACGGCGUUGAUGCUCGGUGUUCCUGCCAUGGCCGCAGGUUGCAAGAAGAUCAUUCUGGCCUCUCCCCCGCGCAGGGAUGGCACGAUCACACCUGAGAUUGUCUAUAUCGCUCACAAGAUUGGCGCUGAGAGCAUUGUUCUUGCAGGAGGAGCACAAGCUAUUGCAGCCCUCGCUUACGGGACAGAGACCAUUUCCAAAGUUGACAAGAUCCUUGGACCUGGUAAUCAAUUCGUGACCGCUGGAAAGAUGGUUGUCUCCAAUGAUACCACGGCCGGCGUCAGUAUCGAUAUGCCUGCUGGGCCGAGCGAGGUGUUAGUCAUUGCAGACAAGUCGGCAAAUCCUAAGUUUGUGGCUUCGGACCUCCUCAGUCAAGCAGAACAUGGUAUUGAUUCGCAGGUCGUAUUGAUUGCCGUGGAUCUAUCGGAAGAGCAACUAGCUGCCCUUGAAGAUGAAUUGCACGCCCAAGCUAUAGCCUUACCAAGAAAGGACAUCGUGCGAGGAGCCAUCGAGCAUUCGGUGACACUGGUGGUCAAGGACAUCACAGAGGCAAUGGAAUACAGCAAUGAUUACGCGCCAGAACACCUGAUCCUGCAGGUCGAAAAUGCCGAGUCCGUAAUUUCUUCAGUUGAUCAUGCGGGAAGUGUUUUUGUGGGACCCUGGGCUCCUGAAAGUGUAGGAGAUUACUCUGCAGGCACCAAUCAUUCUUUGCCAACUUAUGGCUACGCCAAACAGUACUCAGGAGUAAACCUUUCAUCAUUCACGAAGCAUAUAACCAGCUCCAAUUUGACUCAAGAAGGAUUGAAGAAUGUCAGUAGUGCUGUCAUGCAGUUGGCCAAGGUCGAAGAAUUAGAGGCUCAUCGGAGAGCAGUCAGUAUACGGCUGCAAGAAAUGGACGAGAUCAAGGAGUGA